CAUUAUCUCUGACCGAGGACCACUCCUGAAACCCGGCACCUGUCGAGAAAGAGACUGCUCCUCCCAUUAACCCGUCGAGAUGGCGCUCGGAUUUUUGCCUCCAAACCCGGAGACAUGGGGCCGCUGGCCUCAGCACCAGCACACCGGAGCCGACUGCGGCAUGAUGGAUGCCGGCAUGGUGCCGUAUGACUGCCGUCCUGGCGCGACGGCCUCCAUCCCGCGUCCUGAACUCGCUCAGCACUUCCUCCCCGGACCAUUCAAUCCCGCCUCGGUGCCCUCGCCGGCCUCUCCGCAGUACCACGCCCCCGUCUCGUACGGAGGAUACAGCCCUUACAACCCGUCGUCGAUGUUGGAGGCGCCUUUUAAGCCGCACGGAUUGCAGGGGCGUAUGGACGGCUUGCCACUUGUCGGAAGAAGCAGCAGUCCGUCGGUCAAGAGCGAGGCCAAGUCGACCAAGUCCGAGUCCCCGUCACCCUCUACGAAAGUAGUCAUCCCAAACGUACGGGUGCAAGGAGCGCCCGUUCACGAGUUCAACACAGCUAUCGACAGGCUAGCGAAGGUCAUCGAAACCAAACGGGAGAUUCUCAGCAGCCCCAACCCAGCCAAGGAAGAACCAGGGCAGCCGAAUGAAGGGGUGGAAGGAGGAGAGAUGCAGCAAGCUCGCGGGAAGGCAAAGCGGAAGCGCUUCUGCUGCGAUAUUCCCGGGUGCUCCAAGAUGUUUGCUCAGAAGAACAAUCUCGAUACCCACCGGCGAGCCCACACGGGCGAGAGCCCCUAUGUCUGCCCAAUCUGCUUGCACCGCUUUACACAGAGCGUCAACCUCAAGUCCCACAUCCGUCGCCAUCUUGGUGAAAGGCCUUACAAGUGCCCCCAGUGCCCCAAGGCGUUCUCUCAGCCGUCAAACGUCAAGGCGCACAUGAAGACACACGAGAGGAGGGAGUUGAGAGCCCGUUGGGUUUGCAGGUUUGGGAGCUGCAGGAAGUCGUUCACAGCGAAGGGAAACCUCAAGAGCCACCAAAACACGUACCACGUCGAGGCCAUCGAAGCCUUCCACGCCAAGCUGGCAUCCAUCGAGGACAAGAGCAUGAUAACCGAGGAGGACAAGGAGAUGGCCCGGUACAUCACCGAGGUACACAACCUGGCCAACAAGGGCAUCAAGGGACGUGGCAAGGGCCGCAAAGUCAAGCGUCUCUUGCCGCUUCCGAUGCAGCCGUCCUCGGCUGCUGCCGCCGCCACCACCACCACUACCACCACCUCGCUCAGUGCGGCGACGGCGAUAGUGCACGGCAACCCUUACUCGAUGCCGCCGCUUCUGCCCCACGCGCCGCCCCACCACCUCCAGGCCGCGCCGCAGCCGUCGGCGGCCCACCACGGGCACCAGCACCACCAUUUCUACGGCCUCAGCAAUCCGGCCGCCUACAGCAUGAGCCGGCCGUCGGUGUCGUCGGCCAUGCUCUUCGGCGUCGGGCUCGGCAUCAACACCCGCGACGUCGUCCACGGCCACGGCGCCUACGGCAUGCUCGACUCGGACCAGAUCAGCGAGGCCAGCAGCGUCCACUCGCCGCCGCCCGUCAUGCAUCAUGUCUACGACGACGAGCAUGCCCGUGAAUUGGCGUUCGGGGAGCGGCUUUACUGACUGUCAAAACGAGAGAGAGAUAGUGGCGUGAUUGAGAAAGAAGGGGCUGGUUGGUAUUCGUCUGUUUUUUUUUUGUUCCCCCUCCGUUCUUACUCUUGGGCAGGCUGUCUGAACACGUUUUGGUUUGGCCCUUUGCUUUUUGAUUGCAUGUUUCUUCAUGAUGGCUUUCUGCUUUCUCUUCUCAGCUGCCAAACUGUUCCCUGUUUUACGUCUUUUUUUCUAUACUAUAUAUCCGGGCUGGAAAAUGGUGCGGCAAACAAUGCAGCGAUUCAUGUAUACGGGGAGGUGGCUCU